AAAAAAAAUCGAUACUUUUUUUUUUUUUUUUUGGUUUUCUGGCAUUUGAGUGGUGGUGGGUAAUUUGGAUCAUCGCUGUGACGGGAGGUCCUAGAUGAUCGGUCCCUUUUUUCUUAUCUACAAAGCAUUGUAUUUUUCGAGGAUCUGGGUUGGAGCUAGAUUUUCUUGAGAUUGAAUCGAAAGGGCUGUUUUUACUCCGAGGUGGAUCCAACGGGUUUAUUUUAAGGCAACAUAAGUUAAAGGCAGAUUAGUUUCUGUUCUAUAAAAAUGUUGGGAGGAAACAAUGGUAAUCCUGUGCUUCCUAUGUUCCUUGAUGAAAAUCGUUUCCCGUAUCAAACAAAUGCUUCAAAUCAGCUGCAGCUCUUCGGAAAUGUUCCAAAUGGAUGUGGUGUUGAUCCAGUAAAUUACUUUGGAAAUGAGCAUAUUAAUCCCAUGAUUCGGCCUACUAAACGAAGCAGGGAAAUGGAUGAUAUCUCGAGGCAGCAGAAGCUUCAGAUUUCCUUGAACUAUAAUGUCUGUCAAGAUGAAGUUGAUCGCUCGGCCAGCAUUCCUAAUCCAAAUCCUGUUUCAACGGGUUUGAGGUUAUCAUAUGACGAUGACGAGCGCAAUUCAUCUGUUACUUCCGCAAGUGGAAGCAUGACAGCAGCACCUUCAAUCAUCUACUCCCUUGGUGACAAUGUAAGAACCGAACUCGAUCGGCAGAAAGAAGAGUUUGAUCGGUAUAUGAAAAUUCAGGAGGAGCACAUGGCAAAGGGAGUAAGAGAUAUGAAGCAAAGACAUAUUUCGGCUUUCCUUGCUGCUAUAGAGAAGGGUGUCAGCAAGAAACUUCGUGAGAAAGACGUCGAGAUUGAGAACAUGAACCGGAAGAACAAGGAGCUGGUCGAAAGAAUAAAGCAGGUGGCCAUGGAAGCUCAGAGCUGGCACUAUAGAGCAAAAUACAACGAGUCAGUGGUUAAUGUUCUAAAGAGCAACCUCCAGCAGGCAAUUUCACAGGGUGCAGACCAAGGGAAGGAAGGAUUUGGAGAUAGUGAAGUCGACGAUGCGGCUUCAUACGUUGAUCCGAAUAAUUUAUUAAGUGUUCCCGGUGGCGCUUUGAAAUCGACUUCCAAGAAUUAUCAGGGGUUGAAGGAGCACAUGACUUGCAGAGCAUGCAGAUCAAAGGAGGUCUCCAUGUUGUUGAUGCCUUGUAGGCAUCUGUGUUUAUGUAAAGACUGUGAUGGCUUUAUCGGUGUUUGCCCUGUAUGCCAAUCCAUGAAAACUGCAAGUGUCCAAGUGUAUCUGUCCUAAUUAUCAAGCAAAUAACUUAAAAAAGGAAAGUUAUAGCACUGUUUUUACUGUGUGAUAUUGUGAUUUCCUGUCACUUGAGUUUUUAAAGGUGAAAAGAAAAUGUAAGCAGAAAUAAAUGGUUUGUCUUCAUAAAACAGUGUGCUUUUUCUUUUAAAUGUGGUCUCUUGUAUUCACAGACUCGCAGCUCACUUGAUGACCCCCUGAGUUGAGAAGCCCUGGAUAGCCAAAAAAGUUCGUAGUGCAUCUUUCUUUCUUU